AAAAACUUUGCGUGCAUCGCGCACUUUAGCGAGUUGCACAUUUCGGCAUUUUGUUAAAAUAGGUAGGAUCUGUUUAUUCGGUUGACUCGUUUUACGUCUCCUUCUUGUUGAAUAUGCUACACUGAAAGUUAAAUAGAGGUGUUGAGUUCUUUGUGCUGCCAUAUUUAAAGAUAAUAUUAGCAAAGCGUACAAUCUCGCUCUCUCGCUCUCUUUUUUAAGUAUUCACUUGUGCUUUAACUUAAUAACGGGUAACGAAGUAGCGUCGGAUUAUGUUGUGCUGCUUCUGUGCCUUGAGAAAAAUAAUAAUCUGUUUUUUCAGUUGUCUAGGUGUGUCACUUAAUGUGUAAGGCUGUGGGUUAAAAGAGGCAUGCAAGAUGGAAAACGAUACAGUGGAGUGCUCCACCUCUGGCCACAUCAAGCAAGUCAUCAGCCAAGCAGUCACUGAAGAAUCCCAAGUCGAGGCUUUCCAUUGUAGUCACUGUGUGCUGAUCUUCGAAUCCAAGGUGUACCUUUUUGAACACCUUAACAAGGUGCAUGGCCUCAAUACAGAAAUUUCUCUCAGAGAGGCUGGUUUAUCCCCUGGGACUGACAAACCCAACACAGAGAACAGCAGCAGCAGUUCAGGAGAUAAUUUUAAAUGCCAGAGGUGUGAUUUUAAAGCUUGUAGUUGGGAUGGUUUAAGUGAACACGAGGAACUGUGUCACAAAACUUCAGAAAAUCCUAACGUGUCAGGAGGUAUCAUCAUUUCAGAAAACCUCGACAGCACUUUAAGUGUCAUUUCAGCAAACCAGAACAAUGAAGCUGCAGGAACAUUGGAAGAUCCAUCAGUUCUUUCAGAUAUUUCUACCUCAGAAGGGAAAUGCACGUUAAAGGACCUGAAAACCUACAAGAGGCCAUUGCAAACCAUUACAAAGUACUUCUCAGUGUCAUCUGAAUCAAAUGCAAUGACUGCUGAAAAAUUAGCUGAUGGAACCAAAGGAACUAUCAUUUUGCAGGAAUCUCCUUCAAGCUCCUGUCCAAACAGUAGUGGUGUGUUUAAAGUCACAGCAAAGUCUGUGAUAGAUAUCACAGGAAGUAAGUCGUACCAUUUUUUGCACACUGACUUGACUACUGAUUUGACACCAUCUAAAACUCUGGAACAAUUCAGAAAAGAAACUGUUCCUGACAGUGCUGUGAAGAGAUCCAGUGGUAAAAGUUUAAAAAGUCAUCCUGUCAAAAAAGCCAAGUUGGAUAACGAAGAGAUGCUCACGGAAAAAGAAAAUGAAAGACAGCAGUCAUCCAGCAGCAACGAGUUUUCAUUUGAAGUCAGCGAAGAUGAAGACGAGGCAGACGCGGCAAAAGUGUAUUCUUGUAAACAUUGUGACUACAGUGACGUGGGCAUCAGGCGGAUUUCUGCCCAUUAUCAAAGUGACCACCCUUAUAUCAGAUACAAUUCUGUCUACAUUCAGGACGCAAGUGAUCACAGUGCCACCUUUCGUUGCUUGGAGUGUCCAGUUGAGUUUUUAAGCACAGCUGACCUCAAGAGGCACUACUUGGAAAAUCAUCCAGAUGCCCCAGAUGUAUUUGCCAUGAAAUCAUGUGGCCUCAGUUUGGUUUUCAAAUGCUUUCUUUGUAAAUUUACUACCAAUCUAUUGAAGUCUUUGAAAGAACAUUACAAGGCAAAGCAUGCAACAUAUGAAAUGGAGAAUUCCUUAUUGUUCUGCAGAUAUUCAAUGUCUGAAUGCCAAAAGGAAUUGUCUCAGCUGAGUUUAGAAAAAUCAGAUGGAAUUUCUCCUGAGCGUGCCCACACAUCCCAAAAUUCUUCUUCUAAAAGAGCAGACAUGGCCUUGUAUAAAUGCCAGAAAUGCAUGUUUAGUCACAGGUCAGUUGUUGCUAUGCAUGUUCACUACCAAAAAAGCCACCCAGAUGAAGUAAUCACAUUAGAUAAAAUCAAACAGUCCGCUUGUCCCACAUCACAUGCAGCAUCAGAAAUGACAUCUGAGAAGUGUUCAGAUUCUGUGAUUGUAGUAGAUCAUUCAGAGACCACACCAGAAGCCUGUAAGAAUCGUUCAGAAUCUUCCCAAACCACGAAAGGGGAAUCUUCGAAGUUUCCAACAAAAUCCAGUAAUGAAAUUACUACUGGACUGGACAUUUCCUCAUCCAGUUUACCAAAUGAAACAUUUUACUGCCAGUUCUGCAGUUACACAAGUACCAAGGUUAAGAGUAUCCUUGGUCAUCACAAUGCAAAACAUUCUAUGGAUGCACCAAUAGGUACUGAUGAUGUCCUAGGGUACAGUGCUGAGAUGCAGAAACGUCAGAGUGAAUCUAAGAUGUCAAAAAGUCCUUCAUCUUCCCAAUUUAAUACUAGUAAACAAGUGAAGAUGUGUAGGGAAAAAGAAGAUCUGUAUAAGGAGGAUUACACAGCAGAUGCCUCCGAAACAGGAGAGAGACAGAACAAGUCCUACGCAUGUCCAGAAAACUUGUUUUACUGCCACAAAUGCAACUUCGGAAAUCCAUCUGUAAAAGGAGUAAUUAUCCAUCAGGCUAAGGUUCAUCGAAAGUGUAAUUCCAGCACUAAGUGUGUUCUUGAAUAUACAGCUUUAAUCCAUGAUGAAAUCAGGAAAGCAAAUGCAAAGGAUUCCUCUUCUUCCCGUCUACCUCCUCCUAUAAUAAAUGAAGGCGAAGAAAAAGCAUUUUUUUGCCACUUUUGUAACUACAGACAUAGUACUUUGGAUCGGGUAAUGCGCCAUUACAGCAAAACACAUCAUGGAUUUAAGGCGAAGCCUUCAGAAGUCCUUCUGCAUACAUCUAAGAUCCACGAUCAGGCACAGAAAUGUCUUCUAACAUCCGCUCAAAAUGAAGAAGCUGUUCAGGAAAUCCUCAAGCUGAAAAUGAAAAAGAAAAAAACAAAGAAGCAUUCAAAGUCUUUGGUCAUUUCAGCAACACCCUCAGUGACAACCCCACACAGAAAGAGGUCCCUGAACUGUUACGCAUGCGCAUACAAAACUGACGUGAUAUAUGCUCUGAAGAAGCAUUUAAGGAAAAUUCACAAAGUAAAGCGUACAGUCACAGAUAUUUUAAGAUAUUAUUUUAGACAAGGAUCAUUAGAGCGCGGCUAUUAUUGUGAAUUCUGUGUUUUCAGACAUGAAAAAGCUGCAGCAGUUUAUGAGCACUACCAGGAACGCCACCUAGGACGUGUCCCCUGCGUUGAGUAUGUAAGUUCUCGGUUAUAUGCUGGUCCUGGAAUGGUCCUUUCUAAAAAGAAGAAGCCUGAUCUAGAGCAGAGUGGAGGCAAUGGCACUGAAAACAGAUUGCUAUCCCAAAGAUCCGGACAAAAUAAAGCUGGUUUGUCUUGCAAAAGAUGCUCUUUUAAAUCUAACUCUUUGUCAGAUCUGGCACACCAUUACCGAAUGGUUCAUCCUUUGAGUGCAGAACUUUCCAAGAAAACAAGCGCAAGCUGGCGGGUGGAAGACCAAAGUGACAGACCUGGCUCAUUUGACUCCUACCAGUUUGGUAAAUCACAGGAUGAAGCAAAGGCGUCCUCCACAGUGUUCAAGUGCCUUUACUGCUCUGCAAAUUUUAAUAGCAAACACGGUCUCCAUAUUCACUGUGGAAUGAAACACCCGGAAGUUGUAAUCAAAAAAUUUGAACAAGAACAAAAACCAAAAAAGCAGCUCCAAAAACGUCUGCAUGUCUUUAAGUGUCCGUAUUGUACCUACGUCAAUACCGUUUAUCAGGGUGUUCUCACUCACUGCCAGAUGAAGCAUCCCAACCUCCCAUCCAGGGCCGACAGUCUCCAUGUGGAUAUGGUGUAUGUUGAAAAUUUGGACGAAACCCGGAAAAGCAGUCCUCCUGGUGAGACUUUGAAACUUUGUGGGCACAUGUGUAAAACCUGUCCCCAAAUCUGCGCAACGCUGGAGAAACUGAACAAACACUGCGAGCGAGACCACAAGAAGACUGGUGCAAGCACAGCACAAAGCACGGCCAAACCUGCUCCUAAGCCAUUAGUUAAAAGUAAAAUACUUCUAUCUAAAGCCUACAGUACGCAUGGAUCUGUAUCAAAGACUUCAGUUUUAAGCAAGAAAAUCUAUGCCGUGAUCAACUGCCAGCACUGUUCUUACACAUGCACCACCAAACUUGCUCUUGGUCGCCAUUUGCUUGCUAACCACAAGCAUACUAUUUCAAAGGACUGCGUAUACAAAUGUGUGCUGUGUUCUAAAGUUUACUUCAGGAAAAAGCAUCUUGGAGGCCACUAUGCAGUGACACAUGGAAAGGAGGCUUAUUUAAAAUACUACGUGCCCAUAUACAAACAGCCUCUCAAGAAGACAGCGCCAUCGCCGUUUGAAGACCCAUCAACUCAGCAACAAGAAAAAGCCUCUGAGACAUUUAAGUCUAGCAUAACAGCAGAAGAAAGCCUCUUGAUCUACAAGUGUCCAAACUGUCCAUAUGUGAAUGCUAGCUACCACGGGACCCUCACUCACUGUCAAAUGAAGCAUCCAGCAAUUGUAGUCCGGGCAGAUGAACUUGAGACAGGUGAAGUCUUUGUAUCAAACAUGGUCAAUUGUACUUUAGGAAAAGGUUCUAAUGAAAGAGGGUACUUGUGUAAAAAAUGUUCACAAAUCCAUGGAUCACUGACAAAACUCAAUGCUCACUGUAAGAGGGUUCAUCAUGACACAGAAGUGUAUGAGCACACAGACACUGAAAGCCAGCCGGUUCACACAUCUCAGGGCUCAGCACGGGAGGAUGCCUCUGUGAAAAACAAAACUUCGAGAGAAGUAAGCAUUGCG